GAUCACAACAAUCCUCGCAAUGUUUCACGAAAUGUCCAUGUACCUGCUAGCCCGGCCUUGAAAGAUCUACAUCUUUACCUACUGGUAGAUCAAAACUCACCACUGAUCAUGCCAGCCCAGCCCAAAAACUGGCCCCAGCACCUGCCCUACCACCCAUUGCCCAUCCGGAGCAAAGGACUUACACCACGACAAGUGGAGACAUUAACGCAAAAGCGACCAGGCGAGCCCUUCCUGGCGGCAGACCAGACACCAGUUCCCAGUCCCCUGGUGAAAAUCACAUCGAUCGACGACCCGAGCCAUCCAGCCUGUGGCCAGCACGGUCUCUUCGCAACGCGCCAUCUCAAGCCCGGAUCGUUCAUCCUAUUGUACGUGGGUACCGUGCACGCAUCGUCCGGGCCCGACGUCGAGGAAUCCGACUACGACUUGUGGCUAGACCGAGACGCCGGCCUCGCCAUCGACGCUGCCAAGGGAGGGAACGAGGCCAGGUUUAUCAACGACUACCGCGGGGUUGCCGAGCGGCCUAAUGCGGAGUUUCGGGAGGUCUGGAGCCAACGAGCUGGGCAGCGGUGCAUGGCGGUCUUCGUGCUCCCUGUAGGAAGCGGCCCGAAUGCAAAGUCCGCACCGACUAGGCGAGGAAUCGCCAAGGGGCAGGAGAUUUUGGUGAGUUACGGGAAAGGGUUCUGGGGUCAUCGGUAGUUGCAGUCUCUCGGGGGAUUUACCCUCUUGGCGAAUAUAAAAAGCCUGUAGGAUAUCCUGUUAGUCCAUAUGUUCUAGUGAAUCUUCCGAGGGGAGGAAGGGGAAAGAUUAAGAUGGGGGAUAUGUCCUGUCUCAAGCCGAUCACGGAUCAGAUGGGGGGUACGAGUCCUGCAGGCGAAGCCUUGAAAAGGACGCGACCUCCCACGAACACCGACUACCCUAGGUGCGCGGAUGAAGAAUGGACAGGAGGCGAACGUGUAAAUGGGAAGGUUUGCUCUAUGUGACCGAGGCAAAAGAGACCGAGACGACGAAGAGAGACAUCGUCCGCAACGCAGUGUAAAAGCAGGGGAAAGAAAAAGAACAAAAGAAAAGAUAAAAAAAGGCCGUUAUAUAAACGGAAAAAAUUUCAGACAUCCACCCAAGUUUAUAGCACACCAAGAAACC